AUGCUUUAUUUGGAGGAAAAACAGGAACAAAGGAAAUCAUCCAAACACUUCAAAUUUAGCAACUGCCUCAUUGAUCUGCCAAGCUAUGAUACUGUGAUAAAGAAGAGUUGGGAUGCUCAUAUCAGGGGCAACCCAAUGUAUGUUCUUUGGCACAAACUCAAGAGACUACAACAUGAGUUAAAGCAGUUCAGCAAACCACUGUCUGAUAUUAAAAGGAAGCUGAUAGCAGCUAGAGCAAAUCUAAAAGAAACACAAGGAAAACUGAUUGGGGACAGAUUGAAUAACACUUUGGUUGAAGAGGCUAAGAAGCUGACUGAGGAAGUGAUUUCCAUGAACGAGUUAGAAUGGAAAAUCCUACAGCAAAGGGCAAAAAUUGAUUGGAUUAGAAAAGGAGAUGGUAACAAUCAUUACUUUUAUGCAGCUAUCAAAGGUAGACAACAUACCAACUGCCUUACCAAUCUAAGAACAAAUGAUGGCAGACAGUUAACAGCCAAACCAGAUAUUGAAGAGGAAGUGAUUAACUUCUACAAAAACCUGAUGGGAAAGGAUGUAGAUUGCAUGAACUACAUUGAUAUUGAAGCCAUGAGGAUGGGAAAGCAACUUAACAUGGAACAAAGGGAACACCUCACCAGACCCAUUUCUGAAGCUGACUCACUAAAGCCCUCAAAGGAAUAG